AUGCAUCUGACGCAUCUGCAGAGCGAAGACCCGAAGUGUGUGUUCAUCACACGACGGAUCAACGGCAUGGGCUUCCAAUCAAAGGACAUUUUGCACGCCUUCUACGGACAGUACGGCAAGGUGGUGAAGGUGCUCGUCGCCCACUCCAAAGUCAAGCCGUUUCGUCGACAGGGUGCGCAAGCGCGAAUUCGGCCCGGUAGUCUUGGUUUCGUCGUCAUGGACUCGCCGGAAGCUGUUGAGAAGAUUUUGGCGGUUGGGACGAACCACAAAGUGGCCGGCCACAUGAUCAGUGUGGAGCCCUUCGAAACUGAGCAGCCGAUCAAGAGUUUAGGGUUUAGGGUUUAG